GUAAUUCAAGGUUGCCGCGUAUUAUGAAUAUCUCUCACGUGGGCGGGGAGUUUGUUUUGUAAACAUCAUUUGAGUUGCCUGCACAUUAUUUCGAAUCAGUCCGGCAACACUAGUCUAAAGUUUUUGAAUCCCCUCUUGUUAUGAAAAUCAAACGAGAAUACCCAUCGAAUUCCAAAACCCACAGUCGUAAGACGACCGAAUCACAAGUUUCUCCUGGUAAAUCAGAAAAUGAAGAUAUUCCGGAUAGAAUUAUCACAGCUAUGUGGGACUUUGAACAAUGCGAUCCUAAACGUUGUUCAGGUCGUAAAUUAGCUCGUCUGGGAAUGAUUAAACUACUGCGGUUAAAUGAAAGUUUUGGAGGCAUUGUACUAACACCGACGGCGAGCUGUGUCUUAUCUCCAGAAACUGACUGUCAGAUUUUGCAAAAUGGUGGUAUUGCUGUAGUAGAUUGUUCUUGGGCAAAACUGGAAGACACUGCAUUCAACAAGUUGAAAUUCCAUCAUGGACGUUUACUACCACUUUUGAUAGCUUCUAAUCCAGUCAAGUAUGGAAAACCAUUCCAGUUAUCUUGCGUUGAAGCACUAGCUGCUGGUCUAUACAUUCUAGGCAAACACAACCAAGCCAGUGAAUUGUUGGAUAAAUUUUCAUGGGGUCAUCAAUUUCUAACACUCAAUCAUCAUCGAUUACAAUCCUAUUCAGAGUGUAAAACAAGUAAAGAAAUUUUGAGCCUACAGGAUGAUUUUCUGAAACAGAUAACUCGUGUAAAUAAAGAUGAAAAUAAUAAUAACAAUAACUCCUCAACUUCAAAAUCCUAUGCUGAUGUGUAUAAUGAAUUAGAUGAAGAGUUAAAUGCUGAAUCUUCAAAUAGUUCUAGUUGUUCUGAAUCAUCAGAGGAUUGUGACGAACAGGAAACCGAUGAUGAUGAUGAUGAUAGUUCACUGAGCAGCGAUGAAAAUUCCCCACGUGAUAAUAACAGUGAUGAAAAUUCCCCACCUGAUAAUGAGGCUUCUCCAGUAAGAGAAAAUGAAGAGGUGAAAACGAUUUUAGCUAAACAAAUUGACACUUUGGUAACUUCAUUUGAACGGACAAAACUGCUUUCGCAAGCGGGGAAAAAUUGGGAUCGUUUUUAUAAUCGAAAUGGUGUUCGAUUUUUCAAAGAUCGUCAUUGGACAACACGAGAGUUUGUAGAAUUAUCCUGUUUGGAUAAUAAAACGCCAAGAUCUCUGUUGGAGGUUGGUUGUGGUGUUGGAAAUUUCUUAAUUCCUCUAAUCGAAAGUAUCAUAUCUGUGUCAGAGAAGCAAGAUGUACAAACUCCUGAGGGAGAAUUUAACGAUAUGUCAAUAAAGAAUGGCUUUCUUCGUUUCUAUGCCUGUGAUGUUUCUCAGCGUGCUGUAAAUAUGUUAAAAGAACGGGUUCAGUCAUAUCCAAUCAAAUGUGAUGCAUUUGUCUGUGAUAUAACUCAAGCUGAUUCCUUGAAAACUGCACUAUCUUCCUCUGUAAACUCUGCCAAUGAUGUGGAAUCUAGCAAUGCAGCAGUCAGUGUUGAUUUAGUCACAUUAAUAUUUGUACUAUCUGCAUUAAAUCCAGACGAAAUGCCUAUAUGCCUUCGCAAUAUUUCAAGUGUUCUAUCACCUGGUGGUCGCCUGCUAUUUCGUGACUAUGGACAAUAUGAUCAUGCUCAGUUAAGGUUUGGAAGAAAAUCUCGACUGUACGCCGACAGACCAUCCUAUGUCAGGCAAGAUGGAACACUAUCCUACUUUUUUACAGAAGAGGAAUUAACCAGCCUAUUUUCAAAUGCUGGUCUAUCAAUAAUUCGACUUCAAUGGGUUCAUAAAGAAACUAAAAAUGCAGCUAAAGGACUUUGUGUAAAACGAGUUUUUCUUCAAGCUGUUUGUGAGAAACCUGUGAACUAAUUCUCAAAGGUGCUUGCUUGCCUCCUGCUGACAGUAAACGCAAAAAUUCUGUACAUAAACUGUUUUCUCUUCAUCAAAUAAUAUCUUCCAUGCUUUUUUUAUUCCUUCUGCUUUCCCAGUGGAAAAAAGGGUUUCAACCGAGAGCUCUGAAGUUUCGGUGCCAGUGGCUUUAUUUUUACAGGAUGGGGCUGUUGUAGCCUCAUGCUCAACCUUCCGUCUUUACCAGUCUUUUUACUGGCUUUGCGAGGUAAAGGAAUGCAUCGGCCGGGGACUGAACCCCAAACCACCUGAGGCGUGGCUGGCGAGCAUUCUAGCUUUGCGCCGCUGACGCAGUCUUCCAUGAGCAGAUAUAUUGUAACGACAGGAGGCAUGGGCCAGGAAACGGAUCAUCGAUUGAGAAAAUCAAGAGAUAUCUGUGGAUUUUUAUCUACAUUAUUAUUAGCGUUAGUGUUAGCAGAGAAGCGACGUCUUUUGAUUGCUUGUUUUCUUGCUGAAGGUUAUUCUGUGGCCGUUUCUGAGAAAGUUGAGCCAUAUGUCUGCGAAUCCUAUUUGCACACGUUAAAUCUGCUGUGACUGGUCGAUGAGCUCCUCAAGGUUAGGCUUUCUUCUUGUUUUUUCUCAUGAUCCGGAUUCGGGCGUAAACAUUGACGUAAAUUGUUGUCUACACUUUCGACUUGCAGACAGUUCUCACCAUAAUAUAAUUUCAAAAGUACAGUGCUUUAGACAGUUGUGUCUCAUUGUUUCUGUUUAUGUUUUUUGAACUCGAUUCACGUAUAGAUUUCAUUUUGCAAAAUAAAUUUGUUGUGCGCUUAAUUUUCUUCACGUACCUGGGUCAGUCGCUUUAUUCCAGUUAGGGAUUCGUUGCCAGUGCUCUUUCAGAGGACCUUUAGGUUGUUAGCCAAAAACAGAUAACUUUGAUUGGACACUAGUCAGUGAGUGACUAGCGUGUGAUGUGUCUAUUCCUAUCUUUGGUAGCUAGACUGUACUAAAAUGAACAGUCUUCUAUCAGGAGUCAGCAAAGGGUCUUAACCUAAAUCCUUCCAAAUGUCAAACUGUUAAUUUCAAUUUCCGAUGUAAAUGAAAGUUAAAUGAAGCUGUUAAUUCCAAUGACCGUUGUAAAAUUGAUGACACUGAUAUAGAAAUCAAGUCUGACGUUAAGUAUCUUGGACUAAUUCUUCACUCCUGGUGUUCUCACGUCUUAGUCGUUUCU